AUGCAACUCCUCGCCCUCCCAACCACUCUCCUCCUCCUCACUUCUGUCCUUUCCGUCACUGCAAUCCCAGUUGCCCCCAGUACAGCCAACAGUCUCCAAGCUCGGCAGUACGUCCCCUCCAGUCUUCCCAUUCUCUGCAUUACUAACACAUUCUCCCCAGAAAUGGUGUCGGAACCAUCGGCGGCGGACUAGAAAACCAUGAGGUCACAAAUUCCAAUACAGGUUCGUCAAACGACAAAAAGAACGGUGCAAAAGAUUCAACAGUUGUGGGUGGAGGACCAAUCGGGGAUCCACACAAAAUCUAAACUGUCGAUUCGUUCAGUUUUGUCCAUUAAAAUUGGCUGGUUUUCUCGGUUUUAUAGAGCAUCUUAUAUAUGGGGUAUUUGAUAGGGUACAAAUUACUGGUUAUAUCACCUGAAACGGGAGCGCUAAGCCUAAAAUGUGACUCUUUAUAAUUGGAAGCGAUUUGAUUGUGUUAUGUCUCACCGCCUGAAAUUGUUAUAUUUGCCAUAUUUCACACACUCUUUCUCUACCCACCCACGGUAUCCAAACAAUAGACUCUUCAAAAUCCUAAUGUUGGUUUGACUCUAAUAGAGAGUCCAGACAAAGUGUUGAUGCAAAUAGAAUAG